UAGUUUUUCGUAUAACUCUACAUUUAUAACUGCCAUUUAAACAUUAUAUUUACUCAAAUUAUUAAUUAUUAUUAUUGUGAACAUAAAUAUGCGAAAGAAAUUAUUACCUCCGGAAAGACCAAUAUGUAACGUAGUAGCAGUUUAUAGAGAAAGGGGAAAUUACUUGCAACGCUUGGAGCAAUUUGAGAAAGCAAUUCUAGCCUACAACGAAGCUCUUCGCUGGAAUAACUCCGACGUUGGUUCGUUACUCGGACGAAGUUUAGCUCGGGCCAAGUCUACUUAUUACACCGAUGCCUUGGCAGAUGCCGCAAAAGCCGCUGAACUGGAACCAGAGAAUUUGACGGCUAUGCAAAUAAGAGCACAAACGGAAUAUGAAAAGUGUUCUUUUGAACGUGCCUUAGUGCUGGCAUAUCGAGGCCAGCGCCACAGAGGAUUGCCGCCAAACUUCGCAGACUGUGCCAGAUGUGCUGAAGAAACGAUUCGAGAAUGCGUUGGAAAAAGUGCUGGGAAAGUAUUGUCUUCUGUGAUCAACACAUUCCCACGUAUCAGGCUGCGGGAAGAUUCAACAGAUGUUUCGCGAGUUCCUAAACGAAAAAUUCGAAUGCAAGUACAGUCAACUCAGCAAAUUCAAGAAAUAUCUCGAGUGGAAAAGCAAAAGGCCGAACAUACAUCCCGUCUAAUGGCCUCGAAGUAUUUGGAGCAAAUGGCUCAUGACAAAUAUUUCCUCAGAGCGUUAUGUAAGGACGAAAGACUUAGCUCCGCCAACAAACAGGGUUCCCAGGAAUUACAAGAACUAGCCCAUAAAGCACUGGCUGACAUCGAAAAGAGACAAGCGGUUCUCAGAGAACGUCGACCUCUUUAUGCUGCCCGAGCCUCAGAAUCCGAAGCAAGAGCCAGACUGUCAAGGGCGCAUAAACAGAGAGUGGGCAACGCCCAGCGACAGCACAUCACGGAUGCACGCCGUUUAGUUAACGCAGCUCAAGAGAUGUGUGAAAAACACGAUACCAUGAAGUGCUUGGAGGCAGCAGAGUUUGCCAUGGAACAGAUCUCGAGAAUACAAGCCAGCAUGCUGCCGGGGAAGGACAAGUUUCUGCAUCAAUUGUACGAAAUUGUCGCUCAAGCGUUCUUAGACCAGAAACGUGUUCGAGAAGAAAUGAGCGAGGCAGACCGUGAGAAAAGAGCGUUUAUUCUGCUGGGAAUACCAAUAUCGCGAGAACCCAGCCAUGAUUCAAUUUUACGAACGCGACCCCCAGCUCCGCCUCGUGAUGCCAAGCGCCGCCUCCGUACAUUGGAACGCAGCCUAACUGUGAGCGGACGUGCUCCGGAACGCUGCUACGUUCUGCACGAGCUGGCGCGCUUGCACGCUGACACCAAACAAGCACACCGAGCGAGAUUUUAUGCAGUCAAAUGCCAAUCUGAAGCGAAGUCAGCAAAUCUACAGGUGUGGUUGCUCAACGCUAGCUUUCUUCUGGCACGGUGUCACGUGCUGCAGAACAACCGUCCCGAGGCUCGUGCACAGCUCAUCGAGGGAGCUGCACUAGCACGCUCGUUUCAUUACCCGGAUGUCGCUGCAUUUUUUGAUACGUGCGUAGACAUAUCACUGGAGGGUGAGAUAGGACCGCGUGACUCGUUACUGGUGAAGCGUGAAAAGGCGAUGGUCAGUCUAAUGCAGGAUGAUGACCUGCGCCAAGCCGCCGUGCAUCUAUUCCGAAGAAUGUCCGUCUUACCAGCUUCUAGACGUUUUUCUAUAAUGCCUGGCGCACGUACAGAGGAUACUGCUGAAGCUUCAUCGAAUAGACGUGCUUCGAUCAUGCCACGAGUCCAGACUCCAGUGCGAGUUGCACACAAAAAACACCACCCCCUUGGAUUUCAAGACUUUGAUAUUUAAUUAUAGAUAUGAGAUGUGCACAAUAACGUGAGACCAGUCACCGUAAGUGUCUAAAGAAGAAUAAA